AUGGUGCUUGGCCAGCAGUCAAGAGCUGUGACUCACUGAGGAUCACAGGCGGAGCCCAGCUCUCCCUGCAGUCUGCUCUUUCUGCUGGAACCUCUGCACAAGCUGUUGCUGAAUGUGUUUUCAGUAGAUCUAGGGUGGCUUGAGAAGAAGCUGGGGUUCACCGUUAAGCCUGAAGAGUUGGACUCAUAGGUUCCUGCUAUCCUGAACUGCAGCUCUUUGUGCGCCUGAUUCACUCCAGUCCAUUCAUCUCUUUUUUGUGGCAAAGUGCUGUCGGCUGCUGGAUAUUGGGCUCUUUGUUGCUACAGCCAGCACAGCGCUGGUGACAAAGGGACAGCCUGUGCCCCAAGGAGCCCACGUGCUAAAGGGAAAGCAGUGGAGAGCAAUAGGAGUGACGAACUGGACGGCAGAGCCUUAGGUACUGACCUGCCUUCAAACCCCACACAAUGGAGACAGGCUCUGUGGUACGAGCAGUCUUUGAUUUCUGUCCCAGCGUUUCUGAGGAGCUGCCCCUCUUCGUGGGUGAUGUCAUUGAGGUGCUGGCUGUAGUGGAUGAAUUCUGGCUCUUUGGCAAGAAGGAAGGUGUCACAGGACAGUUUCCUAGCAGCUUUGUGGAAUCUGUGGACAUUCCCCCUUUGAAGCAGGGAGAAAAACUGUUUGUUUGUACCAGUGAAUUCACAUCUCAAGAACCAGGGAGCUUGUCAUUGCAGAGAGGAGACCUGGUGAUCCUGGGGGGGUCUCUGGCCUCCAGCUGGCUCCAGGGCCGAAGCAGCUGGGGUUCCAAGGGCUUUUUCCCUUCAUCAUGUGUGCGGGAGCUGUGCCUUUCAGUUCGGAGCCAUCAGCUAUCCCAGAGUGCUCUCAUGGAGGUACCUGCCUACUCAUUGGGCCAAGCCAGGGCCCUUAUGGACCUAUCUGCUCAGCUGGAGGAGGAACUGGACUUCAGGGAAGGGGAUGUGAUCAACAUUGUUGGUGUCCCGGAGCCUGGCUGGUUCGAAGGUGAGCUCAGAGGCCGCAGGGGCAUCUUUCCAGAGGGUUUCGUGGAAUUGCUUACUCCUCUGCAAGCAUCAGAAACCUCAAUGGAUCCAGAGCCCACAGGGACUUGGGACACCAAUGGGACAGUGAAGAUGCCCUCCAAGGAGGGGGAGGAGCCAGGAAGCACUUACGGUGUUGCCCUUUAUCAGUUCCAAGCCCUGGAGCCCAGUGAACUGGACUUUGAUGUGGGUGACAGAAUUCGGAUCGUAGGCAUUCUGGAGGAUGGCUGGCUGGAGGGGGAGCUGAGAGGGAAACGUGGCAUCUUUCCACACAGAUUUGUGAGGCUGGAAGCAUCUGACACUUGCAGGGAAAAGACAGGUGCUGGGGAUCCCCAAGGUGGAAGCAACCAUGGAGUGACCAUCCAUCAGGACCUGAAAAGCACCUGCUCCAAAGCUCUUCCUUUUAUAGGGAAGGACAGCAAGGAAAUGCAGGAUGGCUCAGCUGGAGACCCUGAGCCUGACACCAUAUCGUCUCACAAGGCAGGGAAGUCAGAGGGUCCUCUUGACACUGACUUGAGACAUCAGCAGACCUGUCCCAGCACAGGCCACCAAGGGCCAUGUCCCAAAGGCACAGUGGACUCCCUCCCCUCUGACCACACAGAGACAGUCAAUGGUCUUUUCCACUCGGCUCAGCUGCCUAACCAAGAGGGCAACAGACCUGACCAAGCAGGUGAAUUAAAGCUUGGUGGGACUAUUAUAGCCUCCCUAGAAAACUCAGAAACUCAUGAGCAUGAUGGAGAUGGUCCCACUGUUCCCCCACAGGCUCCCCACUCCCCCCCAGAUCCUUGCAGGAACCAGGCAAUUUCUUCUCCUAACAGCUGGGCAGCAUCCAAGCCCCAGGAGAGCCAGAGUAGCACCCAGGACCUUGACAGCUGGGUGGACAGUCGACAAGAGAAGUUCAAACCUUGUUCCUCCAGCCUGGGAGGUGCCCAGGUGGGCCUGGAUAUGUGGUCUGGGAGCUGGGGGGAAUGUUGCCCACACACCCCUCAGGGUGAUGGCUACACAGACCUUGACUCCAAACUGACAGAGCAGCUGGCACAGUUUGAGAAGAGUCUGUCAAGUACAGGCGCUGAGCAGGACAAGAUCUCCCGCCACUUCUCCAUCCUGGACUACAGCUCUGAGAAGGACAUUGUCCGUGGGUCUCCUGAGUGUACGCCCCACGCCAGGCAGCCAGAAAGGAGGAAGGCCCUGAGGCCACCCCCUCCUCGGCCCAGCAGCCUUGUGACAACCCCUUUGCACACCCUGGGAGGCCAGGUGCCCAAAGGCAGGUCUCUGUCCUUCUCAGUCAAGCCCUCCCGGCCCGCGCCCCGGCCUCCGCCAAGCAACCAGCGGAAAAAUGUGGCCCCUGCCCAGCUUCAGCCCAGCACCCAGGAGCAGCGGGUGGAGGAGGGACGUGAGGACUUGACACAGGCAGGAUCAACUUCCCCCUGUUCCAUCCUGCUGACAAGGAUUGGAGAGGUGGAGCGAGACCUGGAGGCUUACAGCAAGACCCGUGCUGAGCUAAGCCUGAUGCUGGAGGAGCAGCAGGAUGAGCUGGUGAGAGCAGAGACCCUGGAAAACCUUGAUUUCUGCGACUCAAACAUCGAGAGCCUCAGUGUGGAGCUGCAGGAACUGAGAGAGAUGACUCUCCUGUCCUCCCAGACACCAUCUCUGGAGACUUCCUCAGCUGCCACUGAGAGCCCAGAGCAAAGGAUGCUAGAGAAGAGGUCCAAGGUUAUUGAGGAACUGCUCCAGACAGAGCGGGACUAUAUCAGAGACCUGGAGAUGUGUGUGGAGAGGAUCAUGGUCCCACUGCAGCAGGCACAGAUGCAGAACAUAGACUUUGAGGCUCUUUUUGGAAACAUCCACAUGGUAAUUAGCUUCUCCAAGCAGCUGCUGUCCACUUUGGAGGCGUCGGAUGCCAUUGGGCCAGUGUUCCUGGCACAGCGUGCAGAGCUGGAGAAUGUCUACAGGGUGUAUUGCCAGAACCAUGAUGAGGCCAUUGCACUGCUGGAAGCCUAUGAGAAGGAUGAGAAGAUGCAGAAACUACUUCUGGAGCUGCUGGAUAGUCUCAGGAGCCUGUACAGUGAGUGGGGCUGCACAAACUACAUUAACCUGGGCUCCUUCCUCAUCAAGCCAGUGCAGAGGGUGAUGCGGUACCCACUGCUGCUGAUGGAGCUGCUGAGCGCUACUCCCGAGGCUCACCCCGACAAGGCACCGCUCACCGCCGCUGUCCUCGCGGUGAAAGAAAUCAACGUCAACAUCAACGAGUACAAGCGACGGAAGGACCUGGUGCUAAAGUACCGGAAAGGGGAUGAGGAUAGCCUCAUGGAGAAGAUCUCCAAGCUCAACUUCCACUCUAUCAUCAAGAAAUCCAACCGUGUGAGCAGCCAUCUCAAGCAUCUCACAGGCUUUGCGCCCCAGCUGAAGGAUGAAGCCUUUGAAGAGACAGAGAAAAACUUCCGGCUGCAGGAGCGGCUAAUAAAGUCUUUUAUCCGGGACCUUUCCCUCUACCUGCAGCAUGUCCGGGAGUCAGCUUGCAUGAAGGCGCUGGCAGCAGGGAGCAUGUGGGACCUGUGCACAGAGAAGGGCAGUGGGGACUUGGACCAGUUCCAGAGAGUGAAUCGGCUCAUCAGUGACCAGCUCUUCUCCAACUUUAAAGAGCGGACGGAGAGGCUGGUGAGCUCACCCCUGAACCAGCUGCUCAGCAUGUUUGCAGGGCCCCACAAGCUGGUACAGAAGCGCUUCGACAAGCUCCUUGACUUCCACAACUGCACAGAACGAGCAGAGAAGCUGAAGGACAAGCGGACGCUGGAGGAACUGCAGUCAGCCCGCAACAACUACGAGGCCCUCAAUGCCCAGCUGCUGGACGAGCUGCCCAAGUUCCUGCGCUUCGCCAAGGAGCUGUUUGCCAACUGCUUGCGGGGCUACGCCGAAGCACACUGUGACUUUGUGCGCUUGGCACUGGAGGAGCUGAGACCUCUGUUGUCGUUGCUGAAGGUGUCCAGCAGGGAGGGGAACCUCAUUGCCAUCUUCCAGGAUGAGCACAGCCGAGUCCUCCAGCAGCUUCAGGCCUUCACCUUCUUCCCAGAGUCCCAGGCAGCUCCCAAGAAGUCAUUUGAAAGGAAGAACGUGGAGCGUCAGUCUGCCCGGCGGCAGCCCCUUCUUGGAUUGCCUACCUACCUCCUGCAGUCAGAUGAGGUCCGAGCUGCCCUCCUGGCCCGCUAUCCCCCAGACAGUCUCUUCCAGGCAGACCGCAAUUUCAAUGCUGCCCAGGACCUGGAUGUUUCCCUGCUGGAAGGAGACAUCGUGGGUGUCAUCAAAAAGAAAGAUCCCAUGGGCAGCCAGAAUCGCUGGCUCAUAGAUAAUGGGGUAACCAAGGGCUUUGUGUACAGCUCCUUUCUGAAGCCCUACAACCCGCGCCGCAGCCAGUCCGAUGUCUCUGUGGGCAGCCACUCUUCCAACGAGUCGGAGCACAACAGCUCCUCUCCGCAGAGCAACACCACACUGACCUUCAGCCCCAGUGCAGGGGCUGUCACCUUCACUCAGAAACCCCUGCAGGACUCUGCCUCCCUGGAGCACCCACACCAGGCUUCACAAGCCCCCUCAGAGACAGACUCCUCCUCUGUGCUCCAGCUUGGCUCUGGUGACAGGACAGCCUCGCUGGAGGCUGGUACAGUGACGUCUCAGCAUCGCUACAGCCGCCCCGAGCUGGGCUGCAGCAGGCACCCCACCAAAGCACAUCUCAGGCCUGCGCCCUCAGUGGAGGAUAGAGACUCUGGGCUGGAGAGCAGCGAGUCUGAGGGCAACCAGAUCUACUAUGCUCUCUACACCUUCAAAGGCCGAAACACCAAUGAGCUGAGUGUGUCAGCUAACCAAAGACUCAGGAUCUUGCAGUUUGAGGACAUCACAGGCAACCGGGAGUGGUGGCUGGCUGAGGCACAUGGGAAACAGGGCUACGUGCCCUCCAGUUACAUCCGGAAGACAGAGUACACGUGAGGUGGCAGGCAGGAGACUGCGCCCCAUGCUUUGUUCCUGCUGGGACUGCCAGGGACCUUGGGAGGCUGGCCAGCUCUGCAGCCUCUGCUGCUCACCCUGAGGCUGUGUUCCUCACAGUCGUGCAGUGCUCCUGGGCCCCACCAUGCUUUCUGCCAUCUCUUCUUCUGGGGAGGAAGAAGGGUGGGCUGGCAGGGCAGGCAGGAGCAAGCAGCUUUUGUGAGUGCGUGGGAACUGUGCUCUUUGAGCCUUCUGUGUCCAGCCAGGAGCAGAGGAGCAAAGCCUGGGACCAUGACCCAGGAGGAUAAGGCAUGACCGAGGCUGAGAACCUGCUGUAGGUUUAAAUUCUCAAAGGCCAAUGCCAAGGUUCCAGAGUCUCUCUCUAGUCAAGUAGUGUUAAAAGCAACCUGGGUCCUGUGCUUUCUUGGUGGUGGUGGCAGCAGCAGGAACAGCAGCCUGAUCUUGCUUGUUUGUGCAGGACCUGGGUGCUAUAUGCAUCUACACACUGCUGGGGAAACAGCUCUGGCAUUUGCUGUGAGUGGUUGAGCUCUAGGGCUGUGAAGGGCCUGGAUUCUGAAAGCCCCCACAGCAGCGCUCCCAACGGGGAGCUCAGACCUCCUCAAGCUCUGCUGCUAGCAACAGCCAACAAUUUUCAUCUUCCAGGUGAGCUGGGAGUCCAGAACACCACCCUCACUUGUCAGUGAAGUAUCUCCAGUGCUUAAGACCCAUCUUUGCACUGGCACAUCCACCUGGCUGUUCUGGGCUGGGGCAGGGCACAAGGCAAAGCACAGGCUAUCCUUCACUGUGGGUUUUUGGAGGAUCUGACCAAAAUUGCCUCACCUGUGCUUUCCUGCAGGGCACUGGAAACAGCACUGUUCCGGGAGGGAAGUGGUGCCCUUUGCUAGGAUGGUGUCUUGCCUGAAGGAAAGAAUCUCCCUUCUCUUGGGGUGUUUGUAUGCCCUGUACUGCUGCUCUGUAAAUAAAGAUUUGUCCUUGUGUAUAGGAUGUGCUUACACAAGUGUUGGGAGAGCUGGGAGGUGCCUGGCAAGUGCUGGGUAGCAGGGCAAGGCCCACAGAUCUCAUGCAGACACUGCAGGGCCAGGAAGAAUGUUUACAGUUCUGUGGGGUCCAGCAGGCUUCUUCCUUUCAUUGAUUUCAGGUUCAGCUCAGGCA